AUGCCUAGCUUGGUAGUGUCAGGGAUAAUGGAAAGGAACGGGGGCUUCGGGGAUCUGGGCUGCUUCCCGGGGAGCAGCAAGGACAGGGCGCUGCUGGAGGAUGACCGGGCGCUGCAGCUGGCCUUGGACCAGCUCUGCCUGCUGGGCUUGGGGGAGCCUUCGUCCGCCGCCGCCUCGGCCGCCCCCUCCUCCGCCUCGGCCUUGGGGGUCGGGGGGGCGGCGGAGGACAGCAACAACAACAACAACAACCCGCCGGCGCAGCCCCCGACGCCGCAGCAGCAGCAGCAACAAGCCCAGCAGCAAGCGCCGCCGCCGCCGCCGCCGCCUCCUCCGCCGCCGCCGCCCGCCUCAGCCCAGCAGCAGCAGCCCCCGGCCCAGGCAGCCCCCAAAGGCUCCGCGGCCGGCAAGCUGUCCGUCCUCUACAAAGAAGCCGAGCUGCGCCUCAAGAGCAGCUCCAACACCACCGAGUGCGUCCCGGUGCCCAGCUCCGAGCACGUGGCCGAGAUCGUCGGCAGGCAAGGUUGCAAAAUCAAAGCUUUGAGGGCAAAGACCAACACCUACAUCAAGACUCCCGUACGCGGGGAAGAGCCUGUGUUCAUGGUGACUGGACGGCGGGAGGACGUCGCUAUGGCGAGGAGAGAGAUCAUCUCAGCUGCCGAGCACUUCUCCAUGAUCCGAGCCUCUCGUAACAAGGCUGGUACUACUUUUGGUAGUGCCCCAACCCUGCCGGGACAAGUCACCAUCCGGGUCCGGGUCCCAUACCGUGUAGUAGGCUUGGUGGUGGGGCCCAAAGGAGCCACCAUCAAGCGGAUCCAGCAGCAGACCAACACCUACAUCAUCACACCUAGCCGAGACCGGGACCCUGUCUUUGAGAUCACAGGAGCGCCAGGAAAUGUGGAGCGAGCCCGAGAGGAAAUCGAAACACACAUUGCAGUCCGGACGGGCAAGAUCCUAGAAUACAACAAUGAAAACGACUUCCUGUCCAGCAGUCCUGAUUCAGGCAUGGAGAACCGUUAUUCUGAGGCCUGGCGGGUCCACACUCCAGCUCCUGGCUGCAAGCCUCUCUCCACCUUCCGUCAAAACAGCCUUGGGUGCAUCGGCGACUGCUCUGUGGACCCAGCUUAUGAGACUCCCCGGCUGAAUGACCAAAACGAUUUCAAUUACAGUUACCUCUUUCCCAACUAUGGUGUCAACAAACAAGAUCUUUACUACGGGGUUCCAGAAUCCGGUGCUCCCUUGUGGGCUGGGCAGGAAAAUACCAACCCUGUUUCAGUCCUCUUCUCUAAGCAGCAACGAUCUAGCAAUAGUGGCGCCAUCCAUCCAAACUCGCACCGUUCCCCGUCCUCUUCUAUACAAGAGCCUACUCUAUCUGGGCUUCCUAGAAGGUCUCAGGGGGAGCCCUUACAAGGGUUUUCCAAACUGGGUGCUUCCGCCACCACCCGGACGUCCAUCUCAAGCAGCCGGGAGUGUAUGGUGUGUUUUGAAAGCGAGGUAACGGCAGCCCUAGUUCCAUGUGGCCAUAAUCUCUUCUGCAUGGAGUGUGCCGUGCGGAUCUGUGAGAGAACUGACCCGGAAUGCCCGGUGUGCCACGCAACAGCCACUCAGGCCAUUAGAAUAUUUUCUUAA